AUGAACGCAUCGAAAUGCGGAUGUAAGGAAAACCGUCCGCAUAAUUCUGGAAAAGCUGGUUGCAUUUGCAAUGUUAGUAACCAAAAACUGCCAGCUGAUAGUUUUAAAGUUCCAGCUGUACCGAUUAGCAGACCACUGCAUAAUAGUACUAAAGCAAACGUGAAUGACAACAAAGAACAAUCUGCAGCUGGAAAAAUUGAGCUCAAAAGGGAUGACAAGAAGAAAUCAUGGACAUUAACAGACUUUGACUUGGGCAGGCCACUUGGUAAGGGAAAAUUUGGUAACGUUUACCUAGCCCGUGAAAAAGAAUCGCACUAUGUUGUUGCGUUAAAAGUUCUCUUUAAGAGUCAAAUACUGGACUCUGAAAUAGAACAUCAAGUACGGCGAGAGGUUGAAAUACAGUGCCGUUUGCGUCACCCCAACAUUCUACGUAUGUACGGAUAUUUCCAUGAUGAAAAGAGGAUUUAUUUAAUUUUGGAAUAUGCAAAACAAGGUGCUCUCUAUAAGCUGCUCAAGGAACGCGGGCGUUUUGAUGAGAAAACAGCAGCUAUUUAUGUAAGAGAUUUGACUAGGGCUUUGGUUUACUGUCAUUCUAAGAAAGUUAUUCAUCGUGACAUUAAACCAGAGAAUUUAUUGAUCGGACACAACUGGGAAUUAAAGAUAGCAGAUUUUGGGUGGUCGGUUCACUCCCCAUCUUCUAGACGAAUGACACUUUGUGGCACACUAGAUUAUUUAUCACCAGAGAUGAUUGAAGGUAAACCGCACAGCUAUGCCGUUGAUAUAUGGAGUUUGGGUGUGUUGUGUUAUGAAUUACUCGUUGGAUUACCGCCGUUUGAUGCCAAAGACUCCCAUCAGACAUACAGGAAAAUACGCUAUGUAAUAAUUAAGUAUCCCGAAUUCAUUUCAGAAAAGGCUAAAGAUUUAAUGGGAAAAUUGCUAGUGAUAAAUCCUGAACAAAGACUGCCAUUAACUAGUGUGUUGCAACAUCCUUGGAUUUUAGAAAAUGCUCCGGAGGGAGCUAUACCUCCAGCUCACAAUCCGGAACAAAAAUAA